UGCCAGCCACCUUCUCAAGCACUCCACUCUGUCUAGAUACUCUAUUCUUAGCCUAAUAUGAAAGAUUUAUUAAAUUUUACAUUUUUUUAUGAUAUAAGUGAAGUAAAUGUAUAUAGCUGUUAAAUUUCUUUGUCAAGUAGUGUAACUAGUUCUCCCUCAGAAACAGAAUCAGGUGACAUUUUUCAUAAGGACUUGUUGCUGAUUGCAUCAAUAGAAAAGAAAGAUAAGGAUAUGGUUUUAGGCUUUUAGCUUUGGCAUCACCAUGUCUCCUGCUGCAGUUUCUUUACAAAAAUGGUUGAGCAAUGCUGCUCAGGUUCUCAACUCAAUCAUAUGUUUUGUUGUGUUCCUCGUCUUCGAUCUUCUUGACGCCAUUUUCUGCGUUAUCUUUAGAUUCCUUGAUGAGUACAUUGAAGGGGAGGCUUCCCCUUGUUGCUGCCGGAAAGAAAAGAAUGUGAAGGAAGAUGAAGAUUAUGGCUUGUCAGAGAGCCUAAACGAGAGGAAGAACAUUUUUAGAGAAAUGACGAGGUUCUUGAAAAUUAGGUGUAAAAAGGAAGAUUCCAAUGAAGAAUGUGAGAAAAUCGGUGGAAGGUUAAUGAAAAAAAGCUGGUCUGAUUGUGGAUGUGAGUCUUGCCUUUCAUGGAUGAAUGAUGAUGGUGACUAUAGGCUUCAUUUUGUUGUGAAGGAACCUUUAAACGAUGGUGAGAAUUGCAGGGGAAGAAGGCCUUCAGAGAAUGUGAUAUUCUUGCAUGGAUUUAUCUGUUCUUGCUCAUUCUGGACAGAGACAGUGUUUCCAUGUUUUUCUGAGAAAGUGAAUCAAGAUUACAGAUUGAUUGCCAUAGACCUUUUGGGAUUUGGAAAGAGUCCAAAGCCAAGGGAUUGCAUGUACACAUUGAAGGAACAUGUGGAAAUGAUUGAGAAAUCAGUGAUUCAGCCAUUGAAGUUAGACACUUUCCAUUUGGUUGCACAUUCCAUGGGAUGCAUAAUUGCAUUGGCAAUUGCUGCAAAGUACCCCACUUGUGUAAAAUCAAUCACUCUUGUUGCACCUCAGCCAUACUCUCCUUCUGAAGGCAACGAUGCUUGUUUAAAAGCGCUGGCAAAUAUGGCUGGAAAGAAAUUGUGGCCUCCAUUAGCAUUUGGUUCUUCAUUUAUGUCAUGGUAUGAGCACUUGGGUAGAUGCAUUUGCUUUCUCUACUGCAGAAACCACAGGAUAUGGGAGUCCAUUCUCAAAUUCAUUACUCUCAAGAGGGAGCUUCAUUUCUUGAUCAUAGACUUGCCUAGGCACACUCAUCACUCAGCUUGGAGUUCCAUGCACAAUGUGAUAUGUGGUGGGGCGAAAUUUAUGGACACUUAUCUCAGAAUAUCGACCGAAGCUGGGGUUAUUAUUAAUAUAAUACAAGGUAACAAGGAUGAGGUUGUACCAAUAGAAUGCUGCAUUAACUUAAAGAAGAAGGCUCCAAAUGCUGAAAUUAACAUAAUUCCAAAUGCAAACCACAAGACAGUACUUUUUGGCAGAGAGAAGGAAUUUGCAAAUAGUCUAGAGCAUACAUGGGCAUCUUCAUCUUGAUAUAUGUAUUUAGGUGAUUUCAUUGGAUUUUUUCAAAUAACAUACAUAGAAUUGGAAAAUAACUUAAAUUAUCUCUAUUGAUUUGUAAAU